AUGUUUAUCAAAUGCAGGUCAUUUAAAUGUUUAUCAAAUGCAGGUCAUUUAAAAGCACUCGGAAAGGUCUCGUGCGUGACGGCGACUCUGUCCGGAAUAAAGACAGCUCGGCCUUCGUGUUCACCGGAAGAAUCCGCUCCUACCGCCAGCCUGAGUACCCGGAGUACCCGGAGAGAAGCGAAAGUAAAGACUCAUGUGACAGCGGCACUGCUGUGGACAGCAUUGGGCUCCUCCAUAGCUGAGUCCUAUUACAGAGUGGGAGUGCUGGGAGCACCAAAGGUGGGCAAAACAGCUUUAGUCACCCGCUUCCUGGCUUCUGACGACGACAGCGACAGUGUGACUGUGGAUGAAGAAGAGGUCGCCAGAAAAACAGUGUCCGUGCUACUGGACGGAGAAGAAUCCCUGAUGGAGUUCUUCGAUGAUUUGGAGGAAAUGAAUCUAGUGUGUCCUUUGUGCAACCCUAGCAACACGGGUAGCCAUCCUAGCAACCCACAGCAAUACACACUCGACCAGCAGACACCUUGCACGGUAACAGCCAGAAAUCCCGACAUCACUCCAGUUGCGGAUGAUGGCAGGUCAACUUGCCUCGAUAUAAAUCCUCGCUGUUUGCCCCCUGACCUCACCGCCGUCACGCCGGUGAUGGAGUCUCUCACCUGUGACAACGUCGCCUGCCACUGCGACGCAUUCACCGUUGUUUUCUCCGUCACGGACCUUCAGUCCUUCCGCUGUGGCUGCCAGAAAGUUCGUCACCUGCGCGAAGACCUUGGCACGGACCGCGCCAUCAUCCUCGUGGGCAACAAAGCCGACCUCGUGCGCAAGCGCUGCGUCAGUGCUAAAGACGCCAUGAUGCUGGCCUGCAAGUAUGACUGCAAGUACAUCGAGACCUCCGCGGUGUUCGGCCACCAGACAGACGAACUGCUUGUCGGCAUUUUGCGUCAGAUCUCACGCAGACUGAGCACGCCACCUGGUCACCAUGACGACGAAGACAUCACUGACGCCGCCAGGAAGCGCUCCAAGUGGAGAAAGCUGUCCAAACUUCGAAAGUUUCUCGAAAAGGCGACGAAGACAAAAGAUCCAUGUUGCGAUAUUUUGACUUGAGGAAAAUGUUUUUUCUUCUCUUUUCACCCUUGCAAGACGGGAAGGAGGAUUCAAAGGAUGGACUGAAAAGCGAUCGUGUCAUCUUUUCAUUGCUUUAGAUGUAACGAGCGAACAUUCACAACCUGCAUAUUUAAACGCACAAGAAUACACGCACGCAUCCACACAAAAACCUGAGAACAUUACUUAACAAAAAGUGUUUGGAUAAUCCCGCCAUCAACUAGGACUGUGAGGACCCAUGUGAAGAUUAAAACAUUGUGACUAAAACCUGACAACUGCGUUCAUUACAAAUGCAUAUUCUGAAGAGAAAACCUAUGUAAAUGUAUCUAUAUCGGGUCACUGAAAAA